GGUCGCUGCGGGUUCGGAAGAGAAUCGGGUUUACUGCAUACUUCUCUGGUGUUCUCUAUGAAUUGCUGACAUUUGAUGAUGUAGCCGUAAAGUUCACCUGGGAGGAGUGGCAGCUCCUGGACCCUGCUCAGAAGGACCUGUACCUGGAUGUCAUGUUGGAGAACUAUAGCAACCUGGUGUCCAUGGGGUAUCAAGCUGGCAAUCCAGAUACACUGUCCAUGUUGGAACAAGAAGAAGAACUAUGGAUAACAGAAGAUGAAAUCCACAGUCGAAUCUGUCCAGAAACCUGUAGGGUUGAUGAUCAUCUGCAAGGUCACUUGGAAAAUCAUGCAAUGCUGAAGUGUACUGAACAACGCCAUGAACAUAAUGCAUUUGGAAACAUUGUUCAUCAUAGCAAAAUUCAUUUUCCUUCCAGGCAAAAUCAUAAUAUGUUUGAGUUACACAUAAAAACUUUGAAAUCAAAUUUAAGUUUAGCCAACCAGAACAAAAGCUGUGAAACUAAGAACUCUGCUACACUUAGUGGAGGAGGGAAAUCAUUUCUGCAUGGUAAUCAUGAAAAAUUUCCUUCUGAAGUUAAAUUCCCUGUAAGUACAAAACUGUUCAGCACUAAGUCCCAAGUAAUUAAGCGUCAGAGACUUUACAAAAUAGAGAAAGCCCACAUAUGCAAUGAAUGUGGGAAAGCCUUCAUGAAGAAGUCUCAGCUCACGGAUCAUCAGAGAGUUCAUACAGGAGAGAAACCUUAUGGGUGCAGUGCAUGUGGGAAAGCAUUCUCCAGAAAGUCCAGGCUCAAUGAACACCAGAGAAUGCAUAAAAAAGAGAAAUCUCAUAUAUGCAGUGAUUGUGGAAAAGUCUUCACCAUAAAGAGUCGUCUGAUUGAACAUCAGCGAACUCAUACUGGAGAGAAACCCUAUGUGUGCAGUGAAUGUGGAAAAGGUUUCCCUGGGAAGCGUAAUCUUAUCGUACAUCAGCGAACUCAUACAGGAGAGAAAUGCUAUGUAUGUAGUGAAUGUGGAAAAGGUUUCACUGGGAAGAGCAUGCUCAUCAUACAUCAGCGAACUCAUACUGGAGAGAAACCCUACAUAUGCAGUGAAUGUGGGAAAGGCUUUACCACGAAGCAUUAUGUCAUCAUACAUCAGCGAAACCACACAGGGGAGAAACCCUAUGUAUGCAAUGAUUGUGGAAAAGGCUUCACCAUGAAGAGCCGUCUGAAUGAACAUCAGCGAAUGCAUACAGGAGAGAAACCUUACGUGUGCAAUGAGUGUGGAAAAGGCUUUCCCAGGAAGAGCAAUCUCAUCAUACAUCAGCGAAAUCAUGGAGUAGAGAAAUCCUAUCUAUGUAGUGAAUGUGGAAAAGGCUUCACCGUGAAGAGCAUGCUCAUUAUACAUCAGCGAACUCAUACUGGAGAGAAACCCUACAUAUGCAGUGAAUGUGGAAAAGGCUUCCCCUUGAAGAGUCGUCUGAUUGUACAUCAGCGAAUUCAUACUGGAGAGAAACCUUAUAAAUGCAGUGAAUGUGGGAAAGGUUUCAUUGUAAAUAGUGGACUAAUGUUACAUCAGCGAACUCAUACUGGAGAGAAACCCUACAUAUGCAAAGAAUGUGGAAAAGGUUUUGCCUUCAAGAGCAAUCUUAGUGUACAUCAGCGAACUCAUACUGGAGAGAAACCUUUUAAGUGCAGUGAAUGUGGAAAAGGCUUCACCAUGAAACGCUAUCUCAUCAUACAUCAGCAAACUCAUACAGUAGAAAAAAACCACAUAUGCACUGAAUGUGGGAAAGGCUUUACCAUGAGGAGCGAACUCAUUGAUCAUCAACAAAUUCAUACUGGAGAGAAACCCUAUGAAUGCAAAGAAUGUGGCAAAGGCUUCACUGUGAAAAGCCGUCUAAUCGUACAUCAACGAACUCAUACAGGAAGAAACCCUUUAUAUGCAGUGCAUGUGGAAAAGGCUUCUCGUCCAAGAGAAAUCUCCUUGUACAUCAGCAAACUCAUAAAGCAGAGAAACUCUAAUAAUGCAAUGAAUAUAGUAAAGCCUUCAGGAAGAAAACGUGCUUCAUACAGCAUGAAAGAUUUCACACUAGGUAGAUUUCCUUUGUAUGCACUGAGUGUGGUUAAUUCCAUUUCUUUUACAUAAGCAGAACUGUGGUGAGAUGAGUUCCUUUAUGCGGACUUUUGCCUUUAUUCUUUGAAGAAAAUAGCUUGAGAGAUUUUUCCCCUGAGGAGUUACAUUUCCCUAGUUUUCUACCCCAGAGGGUUUGGACUUUUGUCUAGAUUGAUUAACAUUUUCUGGGCAAACUGUGAACAACUUGAAGGUUUGAAACUUUUUGUCUGGCCCCUUGCGGUCUCCUUUGUGCUUGGUAUGUGCCUUGCAGGGUUUGGUCAAUAAACUAUGCAAAUGAAGUGACUGUAGCCUACAAUGCAAAUGAAGUGACUAUGGCCUACUGAGAUGGGAUUGGUCAGUUUGUGGCCCUGGUGGGAGUGCCAUGCCUUGAAAUUGACCAAACCAAAAACCCAUUGCUGUUGAGUCAAUUCUGACUGAUAGCAACCCUAUAGGACAGAGUAGAACUGUUUCAUAGGAUUUCCAAGGAGAGGCUGGUGGAUUCGAGUUGCUGACCUUUUGGUUAGUAGCCAUAUCUCUUAACCAUUGCACUCAGAAAUUUGUUUACAUUUGCAACCAAAAACAAAGAAGUUUUGAAAGGAAACAAGCAGAAAGGAAAAAAGGCAAAAGAGACAAAAAGAGAGAGGAAGUAGAGCAGAAGUGAGGAACCUCCUAAAAAAGUUGUAACAUGGGUUAAGGGCUGUAACACUGAAGACAGAGGCCUGAGAGAGGCCCUGCAGCAGGGCCGUUGGCAACAGGCCCAUAAACGGCCCUGCGGUAGAGUUGGUGCUGAUGGCAAAAACCUUAUGCUCAGAAUGCAACUAAGAGAGCUGAACAAAACUACUACACUAGCUAUUAGCUGGGCCAGUUAGCGAGGGAGAGGCUGAAAGAAGGAAGACCAAAUGCAGAGAGGUCUACAAGGCUGAGAGAGGGGGUGUGCAUGGUCAUGAGGGGGCAGAGAAAAGGAUUGCACAGCUGAGAGGAGGCAUGCUUGGCCAAGAAGAAGCCUGUUCUGAGGGGGCUGAGAGGAGGCCUGCACAGCCUAGAGGAGACUUGCACGGCAGAGAGAAGGUCCUGCUUUGCUUACACAGUUGAGAGAAUCUGAGAGAGCUGUCUUGCACUGAAGAAGGGACUGGAGGGAUGUGCUCUCCACAUCAGAGGAGCCUUCCAGAUUUUGCGUACAAGCUUCCUGAUCUUGAUCCUGAGUUGUACCCUGUUGAUCCUUGUAAAAAUGGUGUGGUGGCAUCAGACUUUGCCUAACUUCACAAGAGGAAGGAGAGAGAAUCAAGAUCAUCAGCCCAAGGCUGAUUACUAUGAGGUGGAAGUCAAACAUACCUCCAGCCUCCAAAUGUUUUACCAAUUCUGACACCAGCCAUUCUCCCCACGGCACUUUCUACUUCUAUGCUGGGUUCGAUAAUUUGUUGUAAUGGCCACACAGAACUCACAGACCAUACUCACAGUUAUGGGGCUUAUUAGGAAAGUAACAGGCUCAACUCGGGGUCAGGAUCAACAGGCUAUGUUGAUCAGGAAGCACGUAGGCAAAGUCUGGAUGGCUCCCCCAAAGUGGAGAGCACACCCUGUCCUUCUUCAGUGUAGGACAGCUCUCUCAGAUCUUUUUGGCCUUGCAAGCAGGCAGGCCCUUUUCUCUGCCAUGCACACCCCCUGAGGACAUGCCUGCUCUUGGCUCUCAGGACAGGCUUCUCUUGGUCCUGUCAUCUGUCACCACCAGCUCUGCCAUUGGUCCCCUUCCAGGCCUGUGGCCACCUUCAGUGUUACAGUCUUUGACCCUUGUCACUGUAGAGAAUGAACCAUUGACACUUCAUUUGCAUAGUAGGCUACAGACACUUCACUUGCACACUCUAGUCACCAAUCCCUGCAAGGUGCAUACCAGUCAACAGGGUAGGCUACAGCCCAGGGCCAGACAAAAAGUGUCAGAACAAGUUUUUUACAGCUUACCCAAGCAAUGUCAUUCAACUAGACAAAAGUAACAAGCCCUCUAGGGUAGAAAACUAGGGCAAAGGUAACUCCUUAAGGCUUAGGGGAAAAAUCUCUCAAGCUGUUUUUACAAAGAACCAAGGCAAAAGGCCACACAAAAGGAACUCAUUUCACCAUGUUGUUGUAUGUUGUUAGGUGCUGUUGAGUCAGUUCUGAGUCAUAGCAACUCUAUGUACAGCAGAAUAAAACACUGCCCGGCCCUGUGCCAUUCUCGUAAUCAUUGCUAUGUUUGAGUCCAUUAUUGUAGCCACUGUGUCAGUCCAUCUCGUUGAGGGUCUUCCUCUUUUUCGAUAACCCUGAUUUCACUGUACCAUGUUUUCUCUGCCUACACUGAUUAUAAAUUCCUUGAUAGUUUGGCAUUAAUUCAGUAGCCACUGAUCACUUGUGGCUAUUUAAAUAUAAAUUAAGUUUAAAAAUUUAGUUACUCAGUGUUGCCAGUCACAUUUCAAAAGCUCAACAACUACAUGUGGCUAGUGAGUACUAUAUUGCACAGUACAGACGUAGAACAUUUUCAUGAUGGCAGAACAUUCUGUUGGACAGUGCUGGUUUAUAGAAACUCAUAUUCCUCAUGACAUAGGAAAAUAAGUAUAUAUUGGUUUGGAAGAUGAAGGUGAAUGGACUAAAGAGGCAGAGAAUAUUUUUGUCACUGUAGAAAAUGAACCGUUGAAAGACUUCUAAAAAAGGGAAUUGUCCAAAAGUUUUAUUUGUGUGCAUAUGUGUGUGAUUAGAGAGACUUGAUAUCUGUGUGAAUAUAAAAGGGUGAAAGCAGAAAAGGGAAACGAUCCCAAGAAUAAGAGUAAAAAGGAUGAGAACCGCAAUCUAAGAUGAAGGAAAGGAUAGAAGGUGGAGGGAGGUAAAAUCACUUAGGUGUCUUGGAGAGGAACCCUCAUAUUUAUAUGCUCAGAGGCCUAUCACCUUUGAGACUUGCCCUCAUUUUAAAGAUGGCAUCUCUUCUCUGCCCUGCUGAAUUAGGGCAUGUGCUUUCUCUUUGUCAUUCCUUCUUACUCUCCUGUGAGUAGGCUCUUGUCCUCGUCCCCUUGCUCUAAUAAAGAUAAUUAUAUUCUGCUUAGAAUCCAAUAAUGAUAGCAUAUUCUGUGAGUCCUCCUUAUAGAAAAAGAAAUGGAAAUUAACCAUGCAGUGGCUGUGUCAGUUCCAUCCCAAACCCUGGAUUAUUGGGUGAUUCACUCCAACAAAGAUUUGUAAAUGUGUAAACUAUGCCAGGUGCUGUUGUUGAUACUGCUAGAUACUUUUGUAGUUUCAGAGGCCAGCUGCUUACAGUCUAGUGCAGGAGACGGGCAGUAAAAGAGAACAUCAGGUAGCAAUUUGUGUUAAGAAAAAGAGCAUAAUAAGUGUUUAGAUAAUUAUGGAGAUGCUAUUUAAGUUGAAGUUUUCUGAGGCCUUUCUGGGGAGGUGGCAUUUGAGUCAAGAACUAAAUUGAGGGGAAUCAGGCAGCAUAAUAUUUCUAAGGAAAGAACAUUAUAGGAUUGUUUCUAAAUAGACUGUGGGCUUCUUAUUUCAGGAGUCUCUGAGAAGCUUAAAAAAAAAAAAAAAGCAAAUUCUUCAAUUAUCACCCACAUCUGUUAAACCAGAAUCUUGGGUCAGGGCCCAGGAUGCUGCAUUUAUAACAAGGGGUUUCUGUUGCACACUAAAAUUUGAAGAAUUCCUUUGAAAUAUUUGAAGUCAUGGAGUAAAGUAAAUAAAGUAAUGGACAUACUUUUUGGUCUGAGGAGAUAAGCAGAUACCUCAAUGACAGGAGGGAGCAAGUCAUAGGAAUAUAUAUGGGAGAUGAAUAUUCCCAGGCAGUGGGAACAUGUGUAAAGAUUCUGAGACAGGAACAUACUUGUCAAAUUUCUAAUAAUAACAAAGAGACCAUUGUUUGAAUUGAGGGAGGAGACAGAGGGUGGUAGGACAUGAGAGACAAGGGCGAGAUCAUGGAGGCUCUUACAGGCCAUCCUAAUACUUGAGAUUUUAUUCCAUACUGCAGUCCAGUCAUUAGAUAAUUGAGAACUUGUAUGUAAUCUUGACUGAUUAAUGAUUUACAAGUAUUACCUGACUGGUGAUAUAGAGACCAGACACUACAGGCCAAGGACAAAAGCAGUGGCAGGUGUGGUAUCAGGUGAGAGAUUCAACUAAAGUAGAAAUGAUGGAGUAUGUGAGAAUUGGUUGGAAUUGAAAUAACUUGAAGAUGGAUUUGACCUCCUGCUUUGACUUUGUAGGACUUUAUUGGGUGGAUUCUGAGAAUUAAAAUGGCUUAGGGGUUGCACACAUUGCGAGCAAGGAGAUUAAUGUGGAGUCAGGGUGCCAUGGGUGAGUCCUCAAGGUUUCUAAUGUCUUAGGUACGCCUUCUAUGCUACAGCUAGGGAAGAGGAGAAUAUGAACUAGAGAAAGGCUAGAAAUGGGUAAUGGCCUGCAAAUGGCUACCAAAGAGAUGUCCAGUUCUCUUAGGUCAUUUAUUUAUUUGGGUCAUUUAUUUUUGUACACAAAUGUUUAUAUGAUUUCCAUUUCCAUAUCACUAUAGGGUUGCUAUAAGUCGGUAUCAAGACAACGGGUUUGGUUUGGUUUUGGUAUCCAAAAACCCAAAACAUUAAUUGGUGUGUGAUUGAACACAUUUUGGUAUGCUCCUACAAAGGAAUACAAAGCAGCCAAAAGAAAUGGAACUAUUCAUACAUGCCACAACAUGGAUGGAUUUCAAAACAAUUACCAGAGGGUUCUUGGGAGAAAGACCUGCGAUCUGCUUCCAUAAAGAUUACAGCCAAGAAAACACUAUGGGGCAGUUCUACUCUAUCUCACAGGGUAGAUCUGAGUAGAAAUGGACUCAUAAGCACCUAAAACAGUAACAACAUGCAAUGUGAAAAAAGCCAGCUGAAAACAGCACAUGCUGUAUAAUUUCAUUCAUAAAUAAAACUAAUUUUUACUGACAGAAAGUGGAUGGAUGUCUGCCUGGGGCAUGGUGUCUUUUGUAUUUGGGCGGGCUUAAGAUGAGGUGAGAUUAAGCUAGAAAGUGCUCACCGUGUCCACUGUUUCUGUUCACGUUGUGAUCACUACAUGCUCCAUACCACCUCAGUUCUCCUGAACCUUAUUCAUCUUCCAGAGGCUCUUCCAUCUCUGGGGUACUCUGAACUCUCCAAAAGUGCUUUUUUCUGCUGUACAGACAAAGGACUUCCUCUAAGAUGGCUGGGCCCAUGAUGCCCUAGCCUAAUGGCAAAAAUACAACUACAUUGCCAACAAUUUUAUCUAGCCUGCUUAAAUUUUAAUAUAGCCUCUAAAACUUUUCACAAUUAGUACAGUGACUGAGCUGUCCAAAAAUUAUUUCAGUUUCUUCCAACCAAGCUACGACGUCACAGUUGCAAUGGGCACUGAAAAAAUAGGUGCCAUUAAGAUGACUGUCUUAGGCUGGGUUAUCUAGAGAAGCAAAAUCAGUGAAGUGUGUGUAUGUGUGUGUAUAUGUGUGUGUGUGUAUAUAUAUGUAUAUAUAGAGAGAGAGAGAGAGCCCUGAUGGUGCAAUGGUUAAGAGCUAUGGCUGCUAACCAAAAGGUCAGCAGUUCAAAUCUAUCAGCCACUCCUUGGAAACUCUAUAGGGCAGUUCUACGCUGUCCUGGUGGGUUACUGAGUUGAAAUCAACUCGACAGCAAUGGGUUUUUAGUUUAUAUAUAUAUAAACACACUUGCGGACACACACACACACACACGUAUAUAUAAACCUUGGUGGCAUAAUGGUUAAUGCUCAGCUACUAACCAAAAUGUUGGCAGUUUGAAUCUACCAGGUGCUCCUUGGAAACUCUGUGGGGCAGUUCUACUCUGUCCUAUAGGGUUGAUAUGUGUUGGAAUCAACCUGAUGGCAAUGGGUAUAUAUAGAUAGAUUUAUCUCAAGAAAAUGGCACAUAUGGUUGUAGAGGUUUGCAAGUCCCGUGUUUGUGGGUCAGGCGUCAGUCUGAAGGCUUCUUCUGACUCACAUAGCUGCAGGGGCUGACAAGCCCAAGAUCAGCAGCUAAGAUGGCAGGCUGCUUGCUCACAGGCUACAGAGGCUGAUGAAUCCUGAGAUCAGUAGGCAAUAUGGCAAGACACUUAAGUCCCAAGAACUGGGGGUCAGAUGAUGAUGAGCUGGAGGCAGGACCCAGAGCAAGCAAGUUUUGCCAGAACAUCCAUACAUAUAUUCAUGCAGGCCACACCCACAAGGAAACUCCCUUUUCAACUGAUUGGCUGCUCACAUCAGAUCACAAAAUAGAGGAUGACUACAUCAUUUCAAAACUGUCAAAUUAUAUAAUUAUGUAACUGCCAAACUACAACUUCACUGCCUAACCACUGAAAAUCAUGGCCCAGCCAUGUUGACACACAACCUUAAACAUUGCAGUCCACCCUUUGUCAGCUUGGCACCUGUACACAUCUCCUUAAACCAUAAUUGCUAAAAAGACAAUUAUAAACUCAAACUUGCAUCUAACAUACUACAACUGAAAACACAUUAGCCCUGUUUGCGUCUUAUAUUUUGUAAAUGAUAGAGUAAGGGAGGGAAAAAACAAAAAAUAUAUACACACACAUGCAACAAGGAAGCAAUAAUUACAGUCCUCAUUUCUGCAACUGGUUAUGUGGCAGUAACUGAUAUUUAGAACUACCUUCUUUCACCACCCAUUCCAUGUUCCCUUUACCCUCUGCAAGCACCUCAGUUGGUCAUUUUUCUUUGCCUCCUGGGGUGACCCAAACCUUCAUUCCUGAAGAGUCUGGUCCAUUAGUAGUCAAGUGGGAAUUGGGCUGCUGUAGUUUUCCAUUGACUUUAAUCACAGGAAGUAAUAGUACCAAGACACAUCCUAAGAGAUCUCCUGUAUUCGACAUACAGCCAAUAUUGUAACCAUCUUUUUUGCCUGUUGAUACAGAGUCAUGAGGAGCCCAAAGUGGCCAGGUGGCAUUCUUACCUUCUAGUUAAAUGAAAUCAGUGUUGUGUCUCCAGAUGGAAGCAUUCCUCCCUUUGGAAUUAAGACUUCUAGACCCACAGAGCAUAGAGUCAUGAGGACAGGAAGCAAAAAAUAUGCAACUGGGUUACUAGGGGUAAUAGUGAGUGAUGUCACUCUUACUUCCACCCAUUGAUUCCUGAACUCGUGAAUUCUGGCUAUAGGAGAAAAGCACCAUGUAUUGGACAGUGGCUUAGAGCAUAUACAACUUCCUGGAGAACAUUGCCCCAACCCUGCACAGUAUUGCCACCUAGCUGGCACUGUAGUUUUCUUUAGAAGACCAUCCCAUUAUUCUGUGAACAUGGUAAAACCAGUCAGUUACGUGAGCAAGGGCCCAUUACUGCACUUAUUUGCUGUGAACUGAGUCCCUCCAUCAGAGGCAAUGCUGUGUGGGAUACCAUGAUGGUGGAUGAGGCAUCCUGUAAGCCCAUUGAUGGUGGUUUUGGCAGAAGCACUGCAUUCAAGGAAGGCAAAUCAGUAUCCAGAGUAAGUGCCUAUCCCAGUGAGAACAAAACACUGUCCUUUCCAUGAUAGAAGCAGUUGAAUGUAACCAACCUGCUACAAGGUUAGUGGCUGAUCACCACAAGAAAUGGUGCCAUAUUGAGGACUUAGUGUUGGUCUCUGCUGCUGGCAGAUUGGGCAUUCAGCAGUAGCUGUAGCCAAGUUGGCCUUGCUGAAUGGAAGUCAGUGUUGCUGAGCCCACGCAUAACUUCCAUCUCUUCCACUGUGGUCACUUUUUUCAUGAUCCUAUUGGAUAAUGACAGGAGUGACUGGGUAAAGAAGAGGACUGGUUUCCACAGAACACGUCAUCCUAUCCACAUUCACAUGAGACACAAAUACCUUCACUUCUUUGGCCCCUUCAGAGAGGUCUAUCUUCAUACCGCUUCCCUAUACCUCCUUGUCACCAAUUCGACAAUCAUGUUUCUUCCAAAUCCCUGUCCAUCCAGCCAAACCAUUGACCACAGCCCAUGAAUCAGUAUAUAAUCACACAACUGGCCACUUCUCCUUCUAAGCAAAGUGACUGCUUGGAAGUGCAUUUCUGUGAUUUCUGCCCAUUGGGAGGAUUUCCUUUUACCACUAUUCUUCAGAAACGGGCUGUAGUUCUGCCACUGUCCACUUUCAAGUGGCGCCUGCAUAUCAUGCAAAAUCAUCUGUAAGCCAGGCAUGAGUUUUCUCUUCCUCAAUCAACUGAUCAUAAGAAACUCCCCUGAGGGCAUAGGUGUAGACUGGGGGUAGGGGGGAAGGUAAUGUUACAGGAGUGGAGAUCACGGGCAUUAGGGCCACUUCCUCAUGCAACUUGCUUGUAGCUUCAGGACCUGCUUGAGCCCAAUCUCAUAUAUACGACUUCCAUUUAAUGAUGGAUUGCUGCUGUGUAUGUCCAACUUUACGACACUGUGGGUCAGACAACACCCAUUCAUGAUGAGCAGCUCAGGUGGCAUGGUGGCUUGGUGGCCCAUGGUCAGGUGUUCAGUCUCUACUAAGGCCUAAUAACAAGCCAGAAGCUGUUUCUCAAAAGAAUAGUUAUCUGCAGAAGAUGGCAUGACUUUGCUCCAAAAUUCUAAGGGUCCGCACUAUGUGUGA